AUCGUCCCGGGGGGAAGCAGAGCUCCGAGGGAAAGAGAGGAGAGGAUGUAGGAGAGAAAAUGGCAAUGACACUUUGUAGGGCAGGCAUUUACUAAGAGGUGGGAAGGGAAAGGAAAACGAAUAGAAGAACAUAGGCAGAAAAAGUAAAAGAAAGUGCAAACAGAGGGUAAACAGGACGUCAGAAGAAGGAAGAGAGUUGCAGGGGGGAAAGAAGGCAACAGAAACAACAGUAGGUUGAUUUGUCACCAUGACAACAGAAGCAGGCUCUGAGACGGAGGUGAAGGAGAAAGCUGAGGAGUCAGCCGCUGAGCCCGACCAAUCGGAGAAGGCCACGGAAGAUUCCCAGGAAGUAGCAAAUGCUGAAGUAGAGGAGAAGGAAAAAGCAAAGGUGAAGGAAAAAGAGGAGAAGGAAGGCAAAGGAAUAUCUCGAUACCUGCCAACAUGGCUUAAGAAGCAGAAGUCUCAAAGCCAGACCUCCCCAACAAAGGAGGCCCCCCCUACAGAGGAACCUGUUAGCAAGGUGACACAGGAAGAGGAAGGGCCUGCCCCAGAAGUGAACGGUCACGCUGAGGAAGUAGAAGAGAAGGAGGAAGUCAAGUCUGAGCAAGUGAAGGAAAAAGAAGCAGAAACUCAUUCCAACGCCAGUGCAGACACUGAGCCUGCCAAGGAAGAGAAGGUGGAAGAGAGUGCAGAGAAAAGUCCAGAAGAGACCAAGGAGACAACAGAGGGAGAAGGAGCAGAGGAGGAGACGAAGGAGAAGGAGGGAGCAGUGGAGGCUGAAGGGGAGGCAGGAGAAGGCCAGACCUCCAUUUUCCAGUCUCCUCUUCGUCUAGUGAGAAAGAACAAGAUGAAGUUGGUGGUGUGUCACGUGACCCUCCUGGAUGGGACUGACUUCACCUGCGAGGUGGAGAAACGUGCCAAGGGUCAGUACUUAUUCUUUAAGGUGUGUGAGCAUCUUAAUCUACUGGAAAAAGACUACUUUGGCCUGACAUACCAGGAUAACCAUGACCAGAAGUGUUGGUUGGACCCCACUAAAGAAAUUAAAAGACAGAUACGCAGUAACAACUGGCAGUUUGCAUUCAACGUCAAGUUCUACCCUCCUGACCCAUCCCUCCUCACUGAAGACAUUACAAGGUACCUUUUGUGUCUGCAGCUCCGUGAAGAUGUGGCUUCUGGACGGCUGCCUUGCUCAUUUGUAACUCACGCUCUACUGGGCUCAUACACGCUGCAGGCAGAAAUUGGCGACUAUGAACCUGACCAGCCUCGCCCUCUGGACUUCAUUAGUCAGCUGACCUUCGCACCAAAUCAGAACAAAGAAAUGGAGGAGAAGAUUCUUGAGCUCUACAAGUCCCACAGGGGAAUGACACCAGCACAGGCCGACACCCAGUUUCUUGAAAAUGCCAAGAAGCUGUCCAUGUACGGCGUGGACCUGCACCACGCUAAGGAUUCAGAGGGUGUGGACAUCAUGCUUGGUGUGUGUGCCAAUGGACUCUUAGUCUAUAAAGACAGGCUUCGGAUAAAUCGCUUUGCUUGGCCCAAAAUACUCAAGAUUUCAUACAAGAGGAACAACUUCUACAUUAAAAUCAGACCAGGAGAGACGGAGCAGUUUGAGAGUACAGUGGGAUUCAAACUCCAGAAUCACCGAGCUGCCAAAAGGCUGUGGAAAGUCUGUGUGGAGAAUCACAGUUUCUUCAGGUUAAAUGCACCAGAGCCUCCUACCAAGGCCCGCUUUCUGACUCUGGGCUCAAAGUUUCGUUACAGCGGGCGAACUCAGGCCCAAACCCGCAUGGCCAGUUCCCUCAUAGACCGACCGGCGCCCAGCUUUGAACGCACGUCAUCAAAACGCACCAGCCGCAGUUUGGAUGGAGCACCAAUGAUCAGCAUAACUGAGGCUGGCAGGGAAUCAGCUGAGAACGGACGCGAGCCUCACCUGGAGCUCCACUCUGACUCAAAGGUUACGGUGGUGGACGUAAGCCCUGGCGAUGCAGAGGCCAUGCUCUCCCAGCACUCACCUGGAUCCAGUGAACUUGGCCCCCCUCAGAGUUCGUUGAGAGUGCAUGGGGACAAUAUUUAUGUGAGGCACAGUAAUUUAAUGUUGGAGGACCAUGAUAAGACCCAAGAAGAGGUUCUGAAACACCAAGCUAGCAUUAGCCAGCUAAAACGCUCCUUUAUGGAAGCUCCACCUCCCUCUCCUCCUCAGCCCAACCAGUGGGAGAAACGGCUCACCUCCUCUCCUGCUACGAUACGUUUGCAACAGCAACAAGUGAGUCUUGCAGAGGAGAUAGCGUCAGUUCUUUUCAGUAGACAAACUGACAUUGGACUUUAUUCAACUGCUAAGGCUGCCUGCAUUUUUCCUGAACCACCACUAGAUGCUGUUAAAACUACAAGUUCAGCUGCUACUACUUCUUCCGCUGCUGUCUGCAGUUUUUCUGCACCACAAAGGCCUCUUGCAACCCUGUCUACUGCCCUCUCUGCCACUGAGGUCAGUGUGCCCCAAACAGAAGCAGCUACAGCUGAUAACACGACCUCUGAUACCAAAGAACCCGCAAAGACAACCGAGGUUGAAAUCGAGGAAACUGUUGUCGUCCAAGAGAUUUCCAGAGCUCCCAAACCUGGACUUGUCACGGUUGCAGCCAGUCCCCCUGCUGCUCCUUCUGCGGAGCAGGAAAUGAGGGAACAGGAAGUGAAAGUUCAAGAGGAAGCGGUGGUAGUUGAGGAAGCAAAGCCGAGGAAGGAAGAGAGCAUUUCAUCUGAGAGCGAGAGUGAAGAAGAAGCAGAGUACCAUCCAUAUCUCCCUGUGUCCAUCUCUCACACACAAAUACCUGAGGAGAAGGAAGAGGAAGAAGAGCAGGAAAAGCAAGAGGAAGAUAAGACGGCAGAGCUACAGGUGUUGGCUUCAGAUGCUUCUUCUCUUCCAGCUGAAGUCAUCCAGCCUGCAGAAGAAACCAGUCGAGAAGAAGAGGAGUCCAGGAAGGAGGACGACACAGAGACAGAGGAGACAGAGAAGACAACGAAUGCCGAGGAAGAGAAAGAAGUUGAACGUGAGACUGAGGAGAGCACAGAUGAUCCAAUGGUGACGCCCGAUGAAGCUCCUAACGGCCUCACCCUGCCUGAGGAGGGUGUGACUGUAAUAGAUGCUCAUGCAGAGGAAGAGGAGGAGCCUAAAAUGAACGGAGAGCCCUCGCUGAUUGAAGCAGAGCCGCUGCCACAGGUUAUUUGUUGCUCUGAGCCGCCUGUGGUAAAGACAGAAAUGGUGACUAUAUCAGACACGUUUGCAGCCCAGAAAACCGAGAUAGCCACUAAAGAAGUGCCCAUCGUACAUACGGAAACCAAGACCAUCACAUACGAGGCGGCGCAGUUGGAUGGUAAUGGUGAUGGUGAGCCUGGAGUGUUGAUGACUGCUCAGACAAUCACCUCUGAAUCUUUGUGUACUACAACAACCACACAUAUUACCAAGACGCUAAAGGGCGGUCUAUCAGAGACGAGGAUUGAAAAACGCAUCGUCAUUACUGGAGACUGUGACAUCGACCAUGACCAGGCACUGGCCCAGGCCAUUAAGGAGGCCAAAGAGCAACAUCCUGACAUGUCUGUUACCAGAGUGGUGGUUCAUAAAGAAACUGAGCUGGCUGAGGAGGAUUGACUGAACUCAGAGCUGAAGGGCCCGUCGUGACUGUUUUUUCUCUGUCGAACGACCUUCAUCACCCUACGACGAUCGGCCUUGACUGACGGGAGAGGAGGAGGAGAAGAAGAGGAGCUUAAAGAACAGGGAGAGAAGGGUUUGACAAAUGGACCGAAGUUGCCACUCUCUUCCUUUCUUAUUGUCUGUGGUGCGAUCUAAAUCCCUCUCUGCAAAACCAAGAAAAAGAAAAAAAAUUCUCUCAUUGUUUCUGAGGGAACAAAAAGAACCACUUUGUUAGCUUAACAAUUGUAGCUUUUUUUUUUUUAGUUGUGCUUUUUCUGUAACUGUUUUAUAAACAGAUGAUAGCAUGUCUGUCUUCUAUCACAAAGAUGAAACUAGGGAUGCACUGAUAACCAAUCUGGAUGAAACUGUAUCCUUGCAUUGAUCAUUUUGUACCAGUACCGAUGACCUUCAGCUAAAGUUUCUUACAAAAACAGCAGGCUGAGAUGCUGAAGUAGAGAAAGCUUUUUAUCAUAACAGUGAGGUUAUGCACCUGUACUUGGGUUCCGGUGCAUUGGCACAGAAAGGUAACUUGUUAAAUUACAGCUCCCCCUCUUGCUUCAUGGUGAUGUAAAUGGAGAGUAAUAUAAUAGUUUAUAAGGAGCAUGAAGGAAACAGGGUGUCACAACUUGGUCUUUUUUCUAAUUAGUAUAACACACUCACUCCCACAUAUUCACAGGUGAAUGGUAGAAAUGUUGCACCUCACAUUAUCACUUCUACUUCCUGAUCAUUAGAGAAGAGCGGGAGCUGUAACUUUAACAUCUGCAGGAGAGUCAUCCAGGUCUUUUGGUUCUGUUAUUUCAUUUUUUUUCCUGUAUAGUUAUUAUUCAUCCACAUUCCUUGUGUGUGACUAGCAGCCGAGUCCAUUUUCAGUUCAAUUCACUUUUUUUGCUAAACUGGAAGAAGAGACUGGUUUUGAACAUUUUAAAUAGGGUCGGCGAGCUUCAGUAGUAGUUCGAAAAUGUAGGUGGAAUAAAUUCCAUCAAUUUUACAGUUUUACAUUUUUUUUAAGCUAAACUGAAGGUGGAUUUGAACUGAAAAUGACAACUUCUGCACAGUAAAAAUGAAGGUUAUCAAUGGGAGCAGCUUUUCACUCCCCGGGCUCGUCCACUGUACGACACUAACCAUUCCCGCUGGGCCUGAGGGGGAGCGAGGGAGACAUAAACUGACUUUGGAUUGGGAGACCGGAGCUAUAAAGUGAAGGAUAAUUGGGAGAGUGCCCGAUAAGUACCAGGGAAUAAACAGAAUUUGAAUAAUAAUGCAUGUUUUCUUGCAUCCCACAGUGAAGUAUUUUAAUAUUCUGAAGGCUUAAUGCAUAAUGCAAAAUUAAUACUGCUAUUUAAAUUAUUCAGAAUGAGUUUUGUGCUCCAACUAGCACAGGUACCAAAAUGAGAACGACUUGAAAGCAGCUCAGACUCAAAUUAAUGCAGUCUGCUAACUCUGCCAAGGAGCCCGUUUGGCGCCGUAGUUCAGCUCAGUUCAUCGCCGGCUUCUUUUCAUACCUGCUUGAUAUGAUAGAACAUGGGAUUAAAUUCAGCAUGUCUUCACGCAGUUUUAUCUUCCAGGAGUCUCGAGUGAGUCUAGGUAGGACGCUACCACGUCGAUUGGUUUGAGAGCGUGUGGACUAUCUCUGCUCAUACAGCGCGUCGGGCUGCUUUGUAACUGUUUCACUACAGCUAAACGUUUCUCUGCAUGUUUUUUUGGUUUUUUUGGUUACAUUUCAUUCAGCCGAUUUCCACCUUGUUCACCACAAAAAAACGCAACGCUCUGAAUCUGUCACCACACUUCAAACUGAGGCAAAAAAAAAAAAAGUUACAACGCACCAGCCAAAAUGCAGCUUAAAGGGAAGUGUAUCAGCGGGUUUGAAGUGCUCUUGAAACCCCCGAAAUGGAAACUCAUUAUGUUUUAUUCAUUUUCUGUCCUUUUACUCUGCAAAAAAACAAAAAAAGAAAGUGAACUAAAUUGUAGCUUUGUGUAAA